ACCAAAACGGUGCCUUCCGCUGGUUCCGUCGUGCAAGUGUUCCUGGCCCUCCCCCGCUUUGAGAUACUGAUAUCCUGCUUCCGUUACCCAAGAAGAUCGUUCUUCUACAGGCUAGUGAGCUGUAAAGCCCUAGUUCUGUUUAUCACCAGGUUUAUGGCUUCUCCAGCCCACUGCUUCUACUGCUUUGAAUGUCUCUCUGCCUCGUUUGAAGGCACGGAAGCCCCAAGUCUUUCCUUGGUCGAAGACUUGUGGGAAGAAUAUGAAGCGUUCAAAGAACUUCCUCUAAACUCCGCCUCGCGAACUGAUGCUGGAGAAAUCGAGAGCGAGGAGUGGGAAGGGCUUCCAGAUAAGGCUAGAGACCAGGGAGAUGAGAAUGACCCGGAUACAAAAGGCGACGAGGCCGUUGAUCAGCAAGCGACUGCAGAUCGAUCUAAUCCUGUUAAACUCCCGAGCAUUUCUCGUCUUCAGGGUCUGCCAUCUCCUGGGUCUUCCCAGUCAUCAACCCCUUCAGUUUUAUCCACUACUUCCUCUCUCUCAACCCUCACGGCCACCACAUCCUUGACUUCUCAGAGUAGUAAAUCCACUCCAAUCUCUCUCAGCAAUCAGAGCUAUAGCGCAGUAGCGCGCACCUCUGACAUUAAUUAUCCUUUAUUUGUGACCUGGAAUGUCAUCGGCCGGGACGGUCACAAACAUCUUCGCGGCUGUAUUGGCACUUUUGAACCUCAGGACCUCCCCUCCGGGUUAAAGUCAUACGCACUUUCAUCGGCGUUCGGAGACACACGUUUUUCGCCAGUACCGGCCUCACUAAUGCCUUCCCUCUCUUGCUCCCUUACUCUCCUCUCAUCGUUCGAAACCUGUUCACAUGCAAUGGACUGGGUUUUAGGUACUCACGGCAUCCGUAUCUCAUUUACUCAUCGCGGAAGACGAUAUGGAGCUACAUACCUCCCGGACGUCCCUGUGGAACAAGGCUGGACGAAAGAAGACACCGUGGAGAGUCUGAUGCGAAAGGCAGGCUGGGAUGUUGUCCCCGUAUAUUCAAGCGUUGCCCGCAGGUUCUUGAGAAGCAACGCCAAUAGUGAACAUAAUACAAAGAAGCCGUGGGAGGAAGUUUCAGACUUCAAGACUGUCCGGUAUCAGGGUCUCAAAGCCAGUGCUACCCAUGCACAGUGGCAAGAGUGGAGAAAAUGGGUGGCAUCAUCCCCGGACCGCCUAAAGCUUCUAGGAACAGGCUUUUGAACAUCUUGCGUCGUGGUUCCCCAAUAUAUUUUCCUUCAGAAAUCUCGUCACCCUUUUUUUUAUGAAGAUUUUCACCUUGACAAGUUCAUAGAUACAUCCAAUAAUGCCCGGAGUAACUUGGGGUUAUAAUUAUU